CCAAUAAUAAACCCACAGUCUCUUCGUUCCAUAGACAAAAACCUCGAGAAACACUCUCUCGCAUUCAUCCUUUCUUCCCCCGACGACCCUCGGCCACUCCGCCUGCCUCACCGUCGACCUUGCCUUUUGCUCCCCGAAAUGCCCUUACGAUGCCCUCUCAGGUGCGCACCACCUCCGCUUCGCACCAUCGGAAACCAUUGCAGCGUCGCCUCCCUUUUAAAUUCAUUCAGAGAGAUGUGCUACUGCCAGCCAAAUGCGUUCGCAUCAGUGCUCCUCCUCCGGCCUCCUUGGCCUCUUGCAUUCUCGGCCCUUUCUUCUCGAUGGGCUCUCUCGGUUUUCACUCCUCCUCUUUCAAGAGUUUUGGAUGGUUUGGUCUCGAUUUCAUCCAUUAAUUGCAGAUUUGGGGUUGACAUUUCAGCUUUGGGUGAAUUGUGGGAGCUGGAAGCUUUGGCAGACUUCAUGAGGAAAGAAGUAUCUUGUGAGGAAGAAGAUUGAUUUAGUGAAUAAAAAAUUCAAGCCACUGGGACAAUCAGUCCAGAAGAAGAUACAACGGUGCAAGAUGUCUCAGAUGAAGUCCAUGGAACAUAUUUUUUUUGGUACAAGAAGGAUGAAAUUUUGAAGUUAACUCUAGAUAGACAAUUGUGAUGUUCACUUGAGAACCAUAGAAGUAAUAAUUAGUUAGCUUAUUGAGGAGAUCUAGGUAUUUAGC